UAGGUUCAGGUUACAAUUAAAAGUAAAUUAUAACUCCAUUUUUCUAUACCGUUUAAAACUUAAUUAUACAAAACAGAUCGUUUAAUUAACAACUGCAAGGGUUAACCUUUUGAAAAAUAUCUUUGUUUUCUUUUUUUCCGUUUGGUGUUUUGAAGUUCGCUUUCGUCGUUAGGGAGAUUCUUGGAUAUCUUUUGAUUGUGAGCGCUCAUAAAUCAAAGGUUAAACAUGCAUACAGGUGUUGUUCAACCUUUUCCAGUGGAGAAGGAGUACGAGAAAAAUCCGGAAAUAUUGCGCGGAGACAUCCAGAAGUUGAGAGAAUGGGUGAAGAUACAACCACAUCUGCCUACAAAAUAUUUAACAGAUUUAGACCUCAUCAUAACUUACCAUUGUUGUGACAAUAGUGCGGAGGUUACCAAGCAAGUACUUGAUCUGCACUAUACCCUCCGUACUCUGUUUACCGAGUUAUUUAAGGACCGAAGUCCUGAUCAGCGGAUUAUUAAUACUAUGAACACCACCCUUUUCGCGCCUCUGCCAACACCCACUGUAAAUGGUUAUCGAGCAAUAUACUGUUGCCUCCUGAAAGCUGAUGCUCGAUUAUUCAACUUCAGCGACAUCAUUAGAACUAUUAUGAUGGUGAUAGACUUAUGGCAACUUGCUGAAGGGACAUGGCCCGGGUUUGUAAUUAUAAUCGAUAUGCAUCUAGCAACCCUAGCACACAUUUCUAAGUUGGACUUAAUGACCCUGCGACACACACUAUACUUUCUCCAGGAAUGUAUGUUAGUGAAACUGAAAGAGGUACAUUUUAUCAACGCGCCAUCUUUCAUGGAUAAAUUAAUGAUGUUACUGAAGCCAUUUAUGAAAAAGGCUUUAAUGGACAUCAUUCGCAUACAUGAGACGGACUCGCAAGCGCUAUACAAAUAUAUACCAAAGAAAGCUUUUCCCAAGGAUUUAGGAGGAGAAUAUAAAACUAGGACGGAAUUAAGAGAUGAAUUGAUUCGUUGGGUGGGAGAAAAUAAACAGUACUACAUCGAAGAAAACAAGCGUCGAGUGGACGAAUCUUUACGACCAGGUGGCAAAAAAUCUGUUGAAGACUUAUUCGGUAUACAGGGCAGCUUCAAGAAAUUAGACAUAGAUUAAAUUGUCAGGCGAUAAUCACAAAUGUCGCAGUUUUCAUAACACACCAAAUAAAGUUAUGUUUUAGGUAUUGAUGUAAUAUGACAAGCCUAAAUUACAAAGUAAGUUUCGUAAUGAAAAGGUGGUUAUGAGCCCCGUGGAAAAAAAAACAAAACUUUAUUUCCUGAAAUAUACAUAUUAAAAUCCUCAUUAAAUAAUAUGAGAAAUAGAUUAUACAAUAACGAUAAACAUUAUUUCGCGUUUGAAAAAUCGGUCCUAAAUUAUUUAUAAUUUUUUUAAUAUUGUAAAAAAAAUGAUUAAAUCAGUUCAGCUCGUUUAAAGGCUUCGGCCUACAAAACUUGAAUAGUGGAAAAACAGCAAAAAUGGUCCGUUAUUUUCUGAGACGUACGUAUUUAAAAGUUUAGCCUGUUUUUUCUCGCAUGUGCGAUGAAAAUUUUCGUAAACAACGGGUAUUAUAUAUGCAUUGCUUAUUACAGUGUUGGCUUUUUCAUGGCACUCGCUUCCAGCUUACGCGCUUAAUGCUAUAUCCCGUACUUGUUGCGUAUUGUACUAUUAUAAACCUUAAAGCAAAAAGUGAGGUACUACUGCUAAGGACUAACUACUAUUAAUUUACCGGUAUGUUGGUAUAUGUUUGCAGUUUGUCUGUGACAAAGUAAUAACUUCGUUAACUGAAGAAUUUGUCAAUAAAAAAAAAUGAGUUCUUAGUUAUAGUCUGUGAAUAGACAGGACAGCUUUUUAAGGUGGCGUAAAUAGUUCAAUCUAAGAUCAUUUCAAGUACAUAUUUAAAUUUCGUGUAGAUAGGUUUUAUUUAAUUCAAGGAUUGGUCAAUCAAAAAAGGGUUCUUAGUUAUAGUCUGGUAAUAGACAGGAUAGCUUUUUAGGUUAUUUCAAGUACAUAUAGUACAUAUUUGUUUUUUUUAUAAAAAAGGAUCGUGUAGAACAAUCCGGUGAUCUUUAGAAUAUUUUUUGGGUUAGUAGAAUAAAAUUUAUGUUAGAGUA